GGAAGGAACUGGAGGGGGCAGCAAGGCUGGCGGGCUGCUGGGAGGGACGGCCAGGGGCAAGGAGGAGCUGGAAGGGCUGCUGGUAGGUGGUUGACGAGGAAGACAACAUCUGGAAAGAGUCCUGAGGGAAGGAGCAGGGUUGACAGUAGUGGAAGAGGGGCUGCCGUGGCUAUACAAGAGCAGGAAGAUUACUUGCCUAUUCUUUUGGCCUUGGCAUCACUGGAGCUGCUAUUGCUACUGUUGCUUCUCAGCGGUUUCCUGCUCGGGAGAACUUUGUCUGUCUUGAUAUCUAUGACUUUAGGAACCUCAAUGGCUGCUCGGUUAGGGCCUUUGGCUAUGGCAGCUCAUCAGAUUUGUUUGCAGAUAUGGUUGGCUGUAUCUCUCAUAUCUGAUGCACUUGCACUUUCUGCACAGGCAUUGAUUGCAAGUUCUUUUGCAAAGCAUGAUUACAAAAGAGUGAAAGAAAUUACGUUAUGUGUCUUAAAGAUUGGACUUCUUAUGGGAAUCACCCUAGCUCUAAUUCUUUUUGUCUCAUUUGACAAUGUUGCUGAAUUAUUCACCAAGGAUGUAGAAUUACUAACUAUUGUUAGAAGUGGGGUGGUGUUUGUCAGUGCCAGCCAACCCAUUAACGCUCUCGCUUUCAUUUUUGAUGGACUUCACUAUGGUGUUUCGGAUUUUGCUUAUUCUGCUUAUUCGAUGAUCGCCCUUCCCUUUGCUGCUCUGGUCUCGAUCGUCACCCUCCGUCCGCUCGCUUUCUCGUUCCGCUUCCUGGAAAGGAUACUCCAAGCUCCUUAA